CCGCUCCCGCCCUGCCCCGCGCGCGCCGCCGUUUGAACGGGGCCAUGGAGGGGCUGGCGGUGCUGCCCGAGGUGUGGCGGCUCUACUUCGCCUCCGUCCGCGCCGCCACCUUCCGCAACUGGCCCUUCACCGAGGGCUGCGCCUGCACGCCCGAGCGGAUGGCGGCGGCGGGCUUCGUGCACUGCCCCAGCGAGAACAGCCCCGACGUGGCGCAGUGCUUCUUCUGCCUCAAGGAGCUGGAGGGCUGGGAGCCCGACGACGACCCCCUGGAGGAACACAAAAAGCACUCUGCGGACUGUGGUUUUCUUUCUCUUCAGAAAGAACCUGCUAACCUGACGGUGCAGGAGUUCCUGAAGCUGGACAAAAUGCGAAUGAGAAAGGCACUUAAAAAAGAGGUUUCUCAGAAGAUGACCAAAGUUGAAGAUAAAGCCAAGACCCAGCGUUGUGGUAUAAAGAAUCUGGCCUAGACUGCUGCAGCUUCAUUGUUGCCAGUGACAUCUGUCCAGUCCAUGUGCUGUGGCACUGCCCCCGUGACUGAAUGGCCGUGUUUCCCCAGGCCGCCUCCAGACUGGCUGUUCCUGAGAAGCAGACGGGAUUCUGCUUCACUCCUCCGAUUCUGUCUGGGAAGUACCUGGGCUUUGAUGCAUUGCAUAAUCUUUUCCUGCAGAGAUUCUCCUAAUCUUCCUGCUGGUUUAAUUAAGGAUUACUACUUGCGGGUUGACUUGUUUUCUUUUUUUUCCUUUCUUUUUUUUUUUUUUUGGUAAAUCCAGCUGUUUAAAGAUAUUGCUGUCUUGUAGAGAUACAAGCACUGUUUGGUGCUAAAACUUGUAUUUCUGAUAGGAGUUGACAUGCAUUUCCAUUUUUGUACUGAAUAUACCAAUCUUUUAGAUAACUUUGGGACAUAGAAAGCAGAAGGAGUUUUAAAAAUACUUCAGGGGUUUAGGAUUGUGGCUAAUAACGUUGAGUUAUACCACACCUUAAUGUGCCUGGUAUUCUUGUAAGCUUCUGUUUGUAGUUGGCUGCUGCCUCGUGUUGAUGCAUUUAUAAAUAAAAGUUGAAGGCAGAACAACAAAGUAGUUCUACUCGAUUUUCUGGAGGACAAGAAUCUGACCUUUACUGCAAUGGGCUGCACUGAAUGCAGCUUUAACAUCAAAAAGGAAAACAAGCUCAUCAAUUACAGCUUGCAGUGCUGUUGCUCAAGUGUCAAACUCUUAAGCAGUCUUCAUCAGGCAUUAAAGACAAUUAAAUUUAUUUGUGCCUGGGAA